AGUCCAGAAUAUGCUUGAAAGCACAAAUAAAAUAAAGGUAAAACUACAACCAGUCUGUCUUCAGAAACUCCACCCUCUUACAAAACCUACCAGGAAGUGACGAGUCAUUAUUUCUAGCUUUCAUUUUUGCUGAAAGCUAAAACGUGUCAGUGUUGUGAAGAACAGAGAAAUUAUAUUAGGAUUUUUGUAUAUUUCUGAAUUAACCCAGAUUAGAUUUUGAUUGUAGUGGUUAUUUACUUUUCAAACCAAAGUUCAGAAAGUGAAAGUAAAUUGUAGAUCACUGGAUCUUUUACAAGACGAGGAAAUGGAUUCAAAAUCUGUCGAAGAGCUUUCUUGUCCUGUUUGCUGUGAAAUCUUCAAGGUUCCUGUUCUUCUGUCCUGCAGUCACAGUAUUUGUAAAGAGUGUCUACAACAGUUCUGGAAAACUAAGGAUUCUCAGGAGUGUCCUGUCUGCAGGAGAAGAUCCUCAAGACAAGAACCUCCAAUUAAUUUAGCUUUAAAAAACUUGUGUGAUUCAUUGAUAAAGGAGGGAAAUGAGGAGAUCUGCGGCUUACACAGUGAGAAACUCAAACUCUUCUGUCUGGAGGACAAACAGCCUGUGUGUUUAGUGUGCAGAGACUCAGAGAAACACACCAAUCACACAUUCAGACCCAUCAGUGAAGUGCUUUCAUCUUACAAGGAGGAAUUUAAUACAGCAAUGACAUCCUUACAAACCAAGCUCAAACAUGGAGAACAAAUGAAAGGAGAGUUUGAUGGAAUAAUUGAACACAUCGAGUCUCAAGCUGAGCAAACAGAGUGUCAGAUUAAAGAAGAGUUUGAGAAGCUUCAUCAGUUUCUCAGAGAUGAAGAAGAAGCUACAAUCACUGCACUGAGGGAGGAAGAGGAGCAGAAGAAGCAGAAGAUGAAGGAGAAGCUGGAGGAGAUGAACAGACACAUCUCAUCUCUUUCACACACAAUCAAAGACAUGGAGGAGAUGAUGAAAGCCAAUGACGUCUCGUUUCUAAAGAACUUUACCGUCACAAUGGAAAGAGUCCAGAUCUCACAGCCGGAUCCAGAGAUGAGUUCUGGAGCUUUGAUUCAUGUGUCACAUUACCUGGGUAACCUGUCGUUCAGAGUCUGGAAGAAGAUGAUGGAAACUGUCCAACACACUCCGUUGAGUCUAGAUCCAAACACAGCAUAUCUUCGGCUCACACUCUCUACUGAUCUGACCAGUGUGUCAUUCAGUGAUGAAGAUAAAAACUGUCCUGAUAAUCCAGAGAGGUUUGAUGAUUAUCCAUGUGUCCUGAGUUCUGAGGGCUUUAACUCAGGAACACACUGCUGGGAUGUGGAGGUUGGUGACAAUACAUACUGGAUUCUUGGAAUAACCACAGCAUCAAACCAAAGGAAGGAAAAAGUUUUCUUUGACUCUAAUGUCUGGUGUGUGUGGUACACGGACAGUGAAUACAGAUCACUAUCCCCAGAGCAACCCUGGACUUACUUUACUGUUAAGAAGAAGCUUCAGCGUGUGAGAGUUCAGCUGGACUAUGACGGAGGAACAGUGUCAUUCUCUAAUCCUGUGACCAAAAACUGUCUGUGCACAUUCAGGACAUCCUUCACAGAGACUGUCUUUCCAUUCUUAUAUAAUCGCUGCACAACUUCCCCUCUGAGGAUUUUACCAGUUAAAGUGUUUGUAACAGCAGAAAAUCACAGUUAAAUAUGAGUGAGUGAGGCUGCAGCACCGGAUUCUGCAGUCAGGUGCAGUUGAUCCAGAGAUUAGGCUUGUUUGACUUCAUGCAGCGCUGCGCAGAGAGAUCGACUUGAAGCAGUGCAUACUGGAUAGAAAUUUUAUAUGUAAUUCAGUUGUUCUACUUGUUAAGGCAUAUGGUUCAUUCUGCGCAGCUUCACUAUAGCACAAACUCUGAUGACGACACAGCUGUUCCACGAUUGGCCGGAUUCACCGCAUUCCUGUUUAUUCUCACACCUUCAGUUCCACUAAUGUUCACAAAUCUGUAUUUUUAUAACAGUUAAAGCUCUUUUCAUAUAGUUGUGAUGUUGUAUUUUUUCUUGUUUAUCACAAUAUAACUGAUAAAAUUGUAGACCCCACUUUGGUAUUUAAAUAAUAUAUGAUUAUGUUGAACUUUAUUUUUGUUUAAACAGACAUUGUAAGCAGUACAUAAAGUUUUGAAUGAAAAUGUCUCAGAAACAUCUGUAUUUUUGACAAAUAUUGCAUUUUUUUGUGAUAAAAUAUGCAAAGCAAUGCAGGCGUCAAUAUGGGAAGCAAAAAAGUGUCUGACUUCACGACUUCCCCCCGACAUGCAUUCUGUCUCAAGUCGGACAACAUUUAUAACCAGCAUGCACUGGUUCAAGUCAGCCGCCAAUCGGUCUGUGCAUAUUGCCGAACAAGCAUAUUGUGUUAUUAUUGGGAGAUGAGAGGAUCUGUAUCUCUUACCAUUGGAAAAAAUGCAACAGCUAACUUGGCUCACGUGAGGCACCUCAGCCUAUCAUGUGGCAGUGACAUCAGUGUCCGUCGUUCAAAGUUUUAUGACAGUCAGUUACAGCUCAUGUGAUCAGUUUCUUGUGGAUUAGUGUGUUGAUCUUGUGAAUAAAUGUUUAUAUUUGGUGUUAUAUCACUAGCAAAUGAACAGUAGGAUUGCAUUGUUUGUGGAAUGUGCUUUACUCUGAAAAAAGGCAAGAAUAUCUCUAUUAGCUGCAAAUUACUAGUCACUGCAGUUUACUUUUAUUCAUUAAAAAGCGUUAUUUCAUCAUCAUUAGGCACACAGUAGUCUGAAACGUGUCUAGUAUCUGUCUGAUUUUCAGGCAGAUUUUCAACGUGUUUAAAUGAUAUGGUUAGGAAAUAGCAAAUAUAAAUUCAAUUAGGCCAAUUGAAAAAUUUAGAUGUGACUAAUCACUAGAAAAUGUUGACUUAGAGUGGUCUGAUUGUUUUUUACAGUGUAUAAUAUAUAAUGUAAUAUUGAAGGGGUUGUAUUCUGAAUCCACUACCACUUCAGUAUCUUUUGAGUGCCGCACACAUUUUGGUCUGUCUUGUUCGCUAUGCAAGGGUAAAUAAAGAACUGGUUGAUUUAAUAAA